AUGUACGAAACGCCUACUGUAUGGGUUCCAGACGGAAUUAUCGCCUCUCGAGAUGUUUUCAAUAAUAUUAACGUAAUCAAAGAACAAGCAUCCACCGUAUUUACAAACUUUGACAAGGACAAGGAUGGUUUGUUGAACAAGAAAGAAUUCAAAUAUGCCUUAAAGUCAUUUGGAAUUCGAAAAAAACAAGCAAAAGCCAUCCGAAAGUUAUGGGACAUUGAAAAAACUGGUUUUAUCAAUUCAGAAUCUUUUCUGAGAGUGUAUUGUUUUAUUCGUUCAGGACAGCUUUACACACGAAAGCUUGAUAAGUAUGAAGAACUUGAAAACACAAAGCCAUUGGUCAUGAUCUAG